AACAAAUUUGUCUCCCAAUAACUUAAAACCUUGUAGUAUUUAUUGGGCCGUUUCAAGCCCUCUUCUCCUCCCCUUUCAUCCUUGCUGUCUCUGCUCCCUCCCAAUUCUAAUUCCUCUUCCUUUUCUAAUAUAUAUAUUUUAUAAUCUCUUACAUAAAAUCCCGUUGAAAACAUACAACAAGAAGGGUUGCUGCAAUUACAUGCUCCACAUACAUACAUACAUAAUAAAAGGGAGAUUUAAGUUUAAGAAACAAAUCGAUUUCUCUUCUAGAUCGGUUGGCCUCCUCAUUCAGAGGAAGUGGGUUUGGUUGUUGGAUCUGGCAGGCUAGAGAGAUCUGAGGAGAGUGUAUUACUACUAUUAUUAUAUAUAUAUAUAUAAAAGAAAAAGAAAAAAAUGGGUCAUAGAGUGGAUCAUGAGUAUGAUUAUCUGUUUAAGAUCGUGCUGAUCGGGGACUCUGGUGUUGGCAAAUCCAAUAUUCUUUCCAGGUUUACCAGAAAUGAAUUCUGCUUGGAAUCCAAAUCCACCAUCGGUGUUGAGUUUGCCACCAGAACUCUCCAAGUGGAUGGGAAGACAGUAAAGGCACAGAUUUGGGAUACAGCUGGUCAGGAGCGGUAUCGAGCUAUCACUAGUGCUUAUUAUAGAGGAGCUGUUGGAGCUCUUCUUGUUUAUGACAUAACCAAGAGGCAAACUUUCGACAAUGUCCAGAGGUGGCUUCGUGAAUUAAGAGACCAUGCAGACUCUAACAUUGUCAUCAUGAUGGCGGGAAACAAGUCUGACUUGAAACAUCUCAGGGCUGUUCAAGAGGAGGAUGGUCAUGCCCUGGCUGAGAAGGAAGGCCUCUCAUUUCUUGAGACAUCAGCGCUAGAAGCCACCAAUAUUGAGAAGGCGUUCCAAACCAUAUUGACAGAGAUCUACCAUAUCAUUAGCAAGAAAGCACUGGCAGCCCAGGAAGCAGCUGCCAAUUCCACAGUUCCUGGUCAAGGAACCACUAUCAAUGUUGCCAAUGCCUCGGGGAACACAAGCAAAGGUUGCUGUUCCACUUGAAGCCGCGCUUGAGGAGAGCAAUAAUUUUUUUUUCUUUUUGGAUUUUUGGCUGAGAGAGGGAGAAGACAUGUAAAUUACUCUUGACCUGGUAAACGGGCAUUUGUUAGAAGUUUCAGGAUGGAUUAUUAUUUCGUGUUUAUUUCUUGUAUUUUACCCUUAAAA